AUGAUGAUGAUGAUGAUGAUGAUGAUGAUGAUGAUGAUGAUGAUGAUGAUGAUGAUGAUGAUGAUGCUGAGGAUGAUGAUGAUGAUGAUGAUGAUGAUGAUGAUGAUGAUGAUGAUGAUGAUGAUGAUGAUGAUGAUGAUGAUGAUGAUGAUGAUGAUGAUGAUGAUGAUGAUGAUGAUGAUGAUGAUGAUGAUGAUGAUGAUGAUUGA